CGCCUUUACGCGGUACUUUCCGGCACCUCCGAGGGGGCUGAACACGCGCUGAGAAGCCGAGGAGGAGAAAGCAGCAGCCGGAGGAACCGAGCCGAACACCCGCUGCAGGAGCCGUGAGAACUCGGGGAACGAUUUUAACCGUGCUUUCGGUCGGGGAAGGCAGGGUUAGGGGGGUGGGUCGGGGGCUCGAGUACAGAAGAAUGAGAAAGCCCUCUUACCGGAGGGGGCGAAAACAUGAACGGGGCCGUGUACAUUUCGUUUUUCCAGGGCCAGCUGGAGUCCGUGCUGGAGCAGGUCGUUCAGCUCGCCGUGCAGGAAAUAAGCAAGACGGUGGGCUCCAGCUUGAACACGCUGCUGCUGGAGACUGCUGUUAAGGAGCAGGAAAACCACCGGCUUCGGCUCCAGCUGCAGUCGAGGGAGAACCGGGGUCGAACCAAUAGCAGCCCCGCGGACAGUGGAGGCUCCACGGCGGCUGGCAAGAACAAGGCAGCGGGGGACGACAGAACAAAGCCCGAGCAGAAGCAGCAGACGAGGCAGCAACACGCCCCCGGAGGGCAUGGCACCGAGCUCGGCAUACCCACCGACACACGCCGCCUGGAGCAGAGAGGACGAGUCGUUGACCAGCUGAAGUCAGUCAUGGAGCAGGUCCUGGACUUUGCCGUGCGGGAACUGACAAAGAUCGUGGAGGCAUCUUUCGAUGACCUGCUGCUGGAGAUCACAAAGAUGGAGCGCGAGCAGCAGGGGCUGGAGGAGCGGCUCGAUAGAGGAGCGGCGGAGAAGGGAAGGGGAGGAGGAGGCGGUGGCAGGAGGAGGGGCUCUGAGAACGACUCCAUCUCACCCAGCGACUCUGAAGACGCCCGGGAGGAGCUCAUUGAUGUCCCUUCAUCCAAAAUGACAGCAAGGAGAGAUCACCCGGACCCUCGCCCCGUCCUCUCCUCCUCUCAGGACUGGGUUCCCAUCCUGGACAAAGUCUUUGGUCAGAAGUGGUGCAGUGAUGAAGGUGGGCAGAGUCUAAGUGAAGGCAGCGCUCCGCAGGUGCAGCCUCACCCAGCCCCUUCCGUGACCCUGGAGCCCUCCCCGUCCUCACCCCAGCAAGAUCCCCGCUGGACGCCCCUGGAAGACAUGGAGGUGUUCUCACCUGAUGAAGAGGAGGGUCAUAAGAACAGCGGGGAAGGAGCAGUGACACCUAGACCCUCACCUGGACCUCCCCACAGCCCCUCAGGCCGUCGCUCCUCGGCCUCGAUGCUACAUCGUCUCCUCACUCUGCCGUCUCAGCUGCUGGAGGAGGACGAUGAGGAUGCCGCUGCCGCCAAGGAAGCGCUGGCUGCCUUAGCGGCCAAUGGGGAAGAACCGCCCAUUCCUAUCUGCCCGUCACCACCCAGGGAGGAUGAGGAGGAGGAGGAAGAGGAAGAGGGAGAGGGGGAAGACAAAGGCAGGAAGAAGAAGAGGCGGAGGGUUUGGUCCGAGUGUGAGGAGUGCGGUCGGAGGUUCAGCCGGAUGUCUCUCCUGAAGGCUCACCGUCAGACUCACAUAGCCGAGAACGCGGCCGCCGACACCUCAUCCCCGUCAUCCCCGCCCAGCGGCUCCACCUCAGCCCUGCGCUGCUCAGACUGUGGGAAGAGGUUUUCGUCAGCGACCCGGCUCCACAGCCACAUCCGUACCCAGCACCCUGGGCACCGAUCCUGAACCUGUCGGGAAGGAAGAAGUCACUGAGACUUCAACAAGAGCUUCAGCAGAGUCCAGAACAAAAAAAAAACAACACAUGAGAUUCAUAGAGGAGGAUCCACAGGCCUGUCAGAACCGGACACCAGAAACCAAGUAAGGGAAACUUGUCUGCUUCUGAGUCCAAUUUACAGAGAAAACCUGAAGAUCUGAAGGACACCAAACGGUACACAGACACGACUUACAAGGAUAGAACAGCUUUGAACUCUUAACACUCAGAGAUGCUUUUGCUCUGAAACAGAACACAAAGAUAUUUUCAUCAUAAAAGCAUCUUCUAAACACACAGAGAUGCUUUUACUUUGAAAGAGAACAGGAAACUAACUCCAGGCAUUCUGGUUGGUUCAUACACAGAGAUGCUGAAACUCUGUAAUACAAUAGGAAGAUGCUUUAACUCUGCAGAACACCUGAAUUCACUUAGUGCAGACGCUGACAAAUCUCUUGUUGAAGCUCUGAUUUUUUUUUUAAAUCAGAAAAAUUCAGGUUGUUUUCUUUCUUUUUUUUUUUUUUUUUUACAUUAAAAACCAGAAUUUAACUCCAUCAGUUUUUUUGUUUUGAGCGUCAGGAUCCGACAGCAAAACAGACCAAUCAGCCAGAGCGAGCGCAGAGGACAUUUCUGCACCAAUCAGGAGUCAGUGUACCAGCUGGGCCUCAACAGAGACUUAGUGAGGUGUGUCUGACUUCUUGACUUGAAGUGACUUUACAUCGGGAGCCUGACAGCCACCACAGCUGCGCACGGUGUGAUGAUGCUCUGACAUCUCACUCUUGUUACCCCUGCAUGCUGUCAGAUGAACAUUUAUCACGAGAGGCUCCAUUUACAUAAAAUCUGACGAUAAUCAGCACCUGCAGGGCGGGACAGCACCACACCAAUAACUGACACGCCUUUUUAAAGGUGAUAUGAAUAAAGUUAUUAUUGUUAGGUUAUUGUUAUUUCAUGCUAUAGUUGAAGGGAGGGCUUUUUAGCUCAUUCAAACAGGGCCAACCUGUGUAAAACACUUAGAUCAGCUCUGUGUCUGAGAAAACCUCCAGAGCGUUGUUUCUGUUCACGGAGGACUCUCCUUCGUCUUUACACCCUUCCAUUUAUCAUCUACUGCACCCAACGUGCUUAAGUUUCGUGACUGUUACGUUUUCGUUUCAUACUAGUUUGACUUUCCAAACUUAAAUCUGCUCCAACCUAAGCAUUGAAAAUACACCCAGGUGCAACACAAACAGGGCUCCGGUCUAAAUGGUGCACGGAGCAUGAUUUCAAGUUUGCCCAGCUGGUUCACUCUGCUCCUGGAUGAUUUAAGGUGCUCAGAAAUAUUGUUAUUUACAAAUUCUUGAAAGCUGAAGCUGGACCAGACCACCACUUGGAUGUCACAGGGGAAUAAAAUCCAAGAAUCUGACACAAAACAGGAAGAAAACUGACCCUGGACAACAGAAGUACUGAAUGAGGAGAGGAGGAGUCAGCUCAGAUGUGGCGAAGAAAACACGUAGAAACCUAUCUUCCUGCUGUACAUCGACCUCCACCUCUUCUUCUACUCCUGUAAAAAAAAAAACUCCUCCCCCCUCCACAGGAAACGAGCUUCAGCCGCUGCAGGUGAGAUUCAGCCGGGCAGGUGAAAAAUGUUUGCAAUAAGCUCGGCGCCGCAGCACUGGAACAGUCUGAGUGUCGUUUCCUGGUUAUUGCGUGUGGUGAUGAUUUCGUGGAUCUGUGCAGUGUGUACGGUGGCUCACACAGGACAAAAAGUGACCUUUGAUUUUUCUACCUGUUUGUUUUUAAAGUGCUCUUUUUUUUCUCAACAGACUUUUUGAUUUUUAUUAAACAGUUUUGGAUUAUCGUCAGGUGCAUUUUUGUCGUCAUGUUUUAGAUUUUUGAACGAUGUUUUUCAAGGAAUUUUUUCUGUCACUUCUUGUACAAACAAAAGGAAGAUAAACCGUUGAUUGUUUGGACUCGUUGAAUGUGAAUCUCUGCAGUUUUGAUCCUUUUUUUGCUGUACAGUUUUUACUUUUUUCGGACAGACCUGAUGAUGACAAUGAGAGAAAAAGGAAGAAGGAGGAAGAUUUUGAAUCUGCAAUGGUUUACUCCUCUGCCUCCUGCUGUCUUUCCUUACAUCCUUCCUUCCUUCUUUCCUUCAUUCUCGCCUCAUUCUUCAGUCCAGUUCGGUUCAUCUUGACACACAUAUACCUCCUUACAACAAGCAAGCUGGAAAUGAUUAUUAUUAUUUGUUACAUUUUUCUACAGACAAUGCUUCUCUGGCUUUAGCUAAUUAUCCUCUCUUGUUUACUUUGGUUAUUCAGACCUGUACGGAGGCCCAAUACUGCCAGGAGAAGAAAGAUAUAAUGAUAUGAUUGAAAAUAAUUUUUAACACUUAACUAUUAAAUGAAAUAAAUACAGACCAACUUUGCAGUAGUAACAGGAAGACCUUCAAAAUAAAAGACUUCUCUAACUAUAAAAUAAAAGAAUAGAAAUAAGUGAGAUUUAAAGGUAACAUUUUACUCACCAGAGUAUUCAGGAUAUUUUUUUAUGAUUUAUAACUGUCUCCUUUUCCUGGCAGAAAUGUAUACAUAUGAUAUACACAAGAGGCAAAUAUCCAGAUUUGUCUCCCAAGAACUAAAACUGACGUCAUCGAAUAGUUUUCUCCUUUGAUUUAAAGAAGUACAAAAAAUAAGAAAAAAACAUACAGAUACAAAAAACAAAUACAAUAUAUAUCAAUGAGUUUCAACUAAGACAGAUUCAACAAAGAAAACAAUUGCUGUGACACUCUUUGUAAUUGCAUGAUCAAAAGCUUAAAGUCACAAGUUAGUUUCAAUGAUAAGAUAUGAAGUAUAGAUUUGUCCUAACCAAAAAUAAUAUUUUUCAGAAUUUCAAAUGUUUCCUUUUCUUGGCAGACAUUGUUUUUCAUCACUUUUAAAAAUAAGCUAACAUACUGUUAGCUUCAAGAUAUUAAACUCUUGUUUAAGUACAUUUUAAAUUCUGUCUCCAAAAUGAGUUCAGAAAGAUUCAUAUCAAGACCAUUAUCUUUCCUUUCCUUUCGAGUCAUCGUAUCAUUUUCUUUAUCGAUACAGUUUUAUCAAAUAAAACGAUGAUAAAGAAAUAAACCUCAUCACAGGACGGGUUUAAAAUGAUAAGCUAGUUUUCUCGUUAUGAAAAGGCACUUUUUGUGGGAUGGGGAAAAAAAGGAAAUUUUCUUUUUAACAAAAACCUACAACAACCUUUUUCCCUUUCCAGAAGUUGUUUUCCGUCGAUGAUGCCAUGGAAAUCAUGGCCAAAUUUCUGAAAUCUCAUCUGAUGUCUCUUUAUAAUUUUACACUAUGUCCAAAGAUACUGGAAAUUGAGUUUAUAGAUACAGAAAUACAGAAAGGCAAGAAAACAAAAAAAAAAUGUAUUUGUCCUUCCUUUUUUUUUUAAAUAUCCUCUUCGUAAGACGAAAUUUUGCGACAGUAAAUCAAAAUUUUGAUGAUCAUAAUUGGAUUUUACUUAUUGGAAAAUUACUUUUUUUUUAAUGUUAUGCAACUUGGAAAUUGCAAAUAACGUAUUUUUUUCCCCAAAACUUGUAUGUUACAAAAAAGCGCCUUUUAAAAAACCUGCCUUUAGGACAGAUAAGUAAUGAAAAAAAAUCUUCAUUGAAAUGUUUAUUCUCUAACUUUUUCUCACAAGAGAAUUAAAACGCACCCCAAAGUGAAUUUUUUAACUUGUCUUUCCAAUUAUGAACCGUUUUCCUUUCGGCAAUACCUUAUGCUCUUAAAUGAAAAAAUGGCACCUUUUGCAACCCCAAUUGAAACAUUGAAAACAUAUAUUUUUAUAAAUUUAUUUGAUUAUAUCAUCUUCUUCUUCAUCAAAUUAAGUGUUAGGGACGCCAAAGAUAAAAUGAAGUGUUAAAUCAACACGUCAGUUAAUGAUGAAAAUUUAAACUUGGGAAAUUCACGGAACAAUAUGGAGGAAUGACUCCUCGUUAAGUUCUGAAUCUAAGAGAAAAUGUUAUAAAAAAAUCUCCUGAUGCCAACCAGACUCCUGGUUUGUAAAGUCUUUAUUUGAAUCAUUCCUCCUCAUCCAUCUGUUUGUGUUUUAAAGUCUCUGCAGUACAACAUAACCUCUGUAGCAUUUGUACGACAGUGUGCGAUGGAUGGAUGGAGGGAUGGAUGGUGAAGGAUCAGGUUAAUGUAUAAAUAUAUCUUCGAUGUAUCCUGAUUAUUCUUGUGUUCUGAUGUUGUUUCAGCUCCGCCAUGCUUCAGCAACAACAGUCGCUUCUAAGCUUUGUAAAUAAGCUAUUUUUUCAAGCCAUACGCUGAAUUUGUUUUUAUCCGUUUGAUCAAAAAAACAUCGAGCAAUAUGAAGCUACGACUCUGCUGAGCAGCCAGGCUUUAAUUAAAUGUUGGAAAAUCGUAGUAUAAAGCCGUUCACAGCUGCUGGUGAAUGUUCCAUAACAUAAAAAAAAAGAAAAAGAAAAAAUGAAGAAAAAAAAAUGUCAGAAUGAAAAUACUAAGAGUUUUAAUUUCAGAAACCAGGUCUCCUCAAGUAAAAUAAUGAUUACAGAAUAAUGUAGGUCAAUAAUGUAAUGUUUAAUUUCUCGGUUUUGCCUCUCCUUGAAGAACUUGAGCUUGCUUUCUUGCUUCGCCAAAAUCUGAAUAACCUGAAUCGCUUUUCCUCGAACGCUGAGCGUCUUCAUUUUUCCAACUCGUUGCACUUUCAGCCUCCACGUGUUCACAUACCUCAUUUUUCUCGUAAAACAUUUCAAGUGUUUGUUUGUUUUUUCCCACACAGACCUCAUUACCUCAGUAGCUGUACGGUGUUGACAUUUGACUACAAUAAUGUGUGAUUUUUAUUUUAUUUUAUCUGAUUUGUUUUGGAUGCGUCUCAGAGCCUAAUGCUGUUUAAAGUAAAAACCACAAAACUACAAAUGCACAAACAUCUCAGGUUUAAAGACGGGAAAACAUUUUUAUUGAAGAGUAUCUGUUUUGCUUUUUCACCUUACAGAAGUGUUAAGACAUUAUGUUUUUAUUUGGGAUUCAAAAAGAAUUGUAAUCACUAGACGAAAAGUUUUUUGAAUAACCCAUUUUUUUUGAAAGCUCAUUGAUGCCAUUUUGAGCUCAAAUGUACUAAAAUUGAAAAUGUCAAAUUAAAAGACAUAAAAAAAAUCUACUUUUAGGUAAAAGUUAGGUAAUACUCAGAUGUUUUGACCUUUCCUUUUAGAGAUAUCCUCAAAAAAAGUGACAUACUUUGUUAACUUUGAUGCUAAUCCAUUAUGUUAACUUUAGUGUUUUAAUUUUAGUUUGAAUUCAACAUAUAUUUAGCCUCUGUCCAUGUGCUAGCUGAACUUUAAAACAUUAACCGAUCUACAUCUGUUCUUGCUGUGGUCUGAAAUGUUACCGUUCAUCACAAAACUUAAAAUUGAUGGUCAUUGUCAUUUUUUAUUUGGCACUUUUCUCACUUUACUUGGCAUCAAUGGGCUUCCAUAUUUUGGGUGACACUACUAGGCACUUAUAAACCUUAAAGAAUAACCAGAAAAGUAUUGUAAUGUUAAAGCUAGGACUUAGAAAAAUCUUUAAAAAGAGAUGAAAUAUAAAUUUGUAACACUGAAAUGGGUAAACAACAACAACCAAACCAUGCAGGAAAACUUGAUUAGGGAAACACUUAAAGGAAACACUUAAAGGAAACGUCUGAUCCUUUAAUGCAUCGGGUGUGUUUCUCCAGUUUACGUAACACAAAAUGCACAUAAGUCAGUCAGCAACAGUUCGCUCUAAAACAUCCAUUAUGUGGUUUUUACGGGACAGCAGCUGCCUCACUGCACUGUGUUACCAUUACGAACCCCUCAGAGGUCAACCUUGUAUCUCCACAUACCAGUUUAUAACACCUGAAGUGAAAUCAGCACUGAACCGGGUGUUCAAAUCUGAGGUUAUGUGGUGGUUACAAGGUUUCGUCUUAUGUCACCCAGCGUCAUGUGACCUGUUAACCAACCACAGCCCUUCCUGACCUUGUUUACAAAACUGUAGGUGAGAGAAAUGUAUCUGGGUGGAUGUAUGAAAAGGGAAAUAAUAAGAAGAUGAAGCCUUCAAAAGUCUUUUUUUGGGGAUUUCAAAACAGUUUUAAGUCCAGAUUAACAAAGUAAAGCAGUUUUUAUGAGAGACUUGAUGAAUGGAAUGCAACAAAAUGUACUUUAUGAUCUUGAUUUAGAUUUAGAGAAAUGCUGUACUGCUGCAUCAGUGUUUUGUGAAAACAAGACUUAGAGAUAGGAGACAGCCUCAGAGUCUCAAAAUGCCAACCUGCAGACCUCCUCUAGACCAGAGCCUUCAACAUGUUCGACUGGCCUGCAGUCAGCAAGCUCUGUUAACAUCUUAGAUCUAAUGUCAUCCAUCGCUCUGUGGUGAUUUGCACACUCCUAAAUAGUGCUCGGCCAGCUUUUGUGAUGUGGUUCAGUCAGUCUGACUAGCUGCACCUGUAUGCUUUGCUCAUACGUGGUAGCUCAGUCUACAAAUACUUCAUUGAUAGUUGAAUUCAGUUUGACUCAAAGUGCAUAUGACUUCUGACUUGUCAACUGGGCCACCUAGGAGUUUUUAUGGGUAUAAUGUGCCAUUCUAAGUGCAGUGGUGUUGCCACUUUCAGCAGGAACCAGGAAUAUAUUGUGGCACUUUAACUUAAGUGUGGGACAAAGUAGCAGAUGAUGACUAAAACAAAAACGCCUUAAUUAAUGUUGUAAAAGUUAUUUGAAAAGAUCUUUCUUUUCACAGUAGUAUUCCGAAACUUGUUCAACUUUUGCCUUAAUUUUUUUGAAAUAAAUUCAUAAUUAUAUGACACGGAAUAUGUAAAUUAGAGGCCUUUGUAUAUGAGUUACUGUAGAAUAAUUUCAGGUACCUUAACGAUCCAAUUUCUACAGAUUCUGUCUCAAAUUUGCAAGAUGAUUCUGCUUUUUCCAUCGAAAUAAUUUGUUCUUGUGAUUUCGGAUUGAAAAUUAAUAAUCUAUACAAAAAAUUCCACCAGAUGCAUUUCUCCCCAAAUAUUGUUUUUGAAGGAGGGCAUAAAUAAAAACGUUGAUGAAGCUCAAACUUAUUUAAAACACUGAGACGCAUUCAGACAACUUUCAUGUGUACAUAUCUCAGAGCACAUCUGGACUCCUGUGAUUUUUUUUUUUUUUUUUUGGCAGUUUUCUGAAAAGCGGUUUUGUUGUUGAGAGAAGACAAUGUUAUUUCAAUUCAGCCUCUUUGUUAAAGCUGCAGGCUGUGAAGAACCGAGUGGAGAGAAAGAAGGGAAUAAAAAAAGUUUCACUUGGAGCCCAGAGGGACCGACAUCUUUGAAAAAACAAUCUAAAGGGUUGAUUUGUAGUUCAGCUGGAGUUCCUCAGGGAACCAUCUGGGGUCCUCCAGUUUUUCGAUGCAAACAUGGGAACGAUGGGAUGAAAGGGAUGUUUAAGCGUUUUUAAAAGUUGUAAUGUUUUUAAUUAAAGUUGUUUUACUUUGUGCAAACUAUGUUUUUAAAGACAGGGAAAUGAGACUCUUGUUUUAAACUUCUAUUUCUACUCCCUGUAUGAUCUCUGAACACGCUUGUUCUUGUUUGUCAAAGAUAAUUCAUCUCAGUGCUUGGAUUCGAUGCAAUACUUUUGAUAAAAUGUGCCCUUAUUUUGUAAAUCAACAGUCUAAUGAAACCAAAUCUGAAAGAGUUUCAUAUUUAAUAAUUCAACUUUAAAGUGAUGAAGGUGAGUGAUGGGAAAGGUUGGGACAGUUUUCACCUUCGGCUGGGAAAUGGAAAUUUAGAUGAACUCAGAAUUGAUAUGACCUUUGACCCUUCUGUGACCAAUGUCAGUUUCAAGUGAUUUCUUGCAGACUUUUUUCCACCGGAGAGGUGAGAUGUUAACUGUUGUGAUUGGCUGUUACCUUGUUUGUUGAACACAGCACUGUCUGAAUGUCUAAACGCCAAGUUACAGCUGUCUGCCAUGUUAAUGAUGAUCAUGAUGAAGGCCAUGGGGAUGGUGUUUUUGGUUUUUUUAAUUUUUAUUACCUGUUUUAGUCUAUGAGACCGGGUACUUUUUAGUGUUGAAACUCAAAUAAAACCAAUAAAUGUUCACAACUACUA